AAUAAUAUUUUGUGCGAAUUUUAAAAGUAUUUUAGUUUUAAUUCAAAAUAAAAAAAAAAAAAUUAAAUCGAUUUUAAGAUGGUAGAAAAAUUAGAUAUGGGCGACAUAGUCGGUGUAAACGAUUUGAAAGAAAAUAAACAGCUCUGGAAAGAGUUAUUGGCUGAGUUUGUCGGCACAUUUGUCCUACUUUUUCUGGGCUUAUUUAGUUGCAUUGGCGGGUCGGUGGAACAAAUAUCAUUCGCCUUCGGUCUAGCCGUGGCUUCAAUGGCUCAAGCCGUAGGACAUAUCAGUGGUUGCCAUAUUAAUCCGGCAAUUACUUUGGGAUUUCUAAUCGUUGGAGAAAUAAGCAUUUUAAAGGGUUUAUUCUUUAUAAUAAUGCAAUGUCUCGGUGCGGUGGCCGGUGCCGGUGUAGUUUAUUUAUCAUUAUUAGAUACUCUAAUGGGCAAUAAUUUAGGUAUAACAUCACCGGCGGCAAAUCUACAUGUUGGUCAAGCCAUACUUAUUGAAACCUUGAUAACAUUUGUAUUGGUAAUUGUCGUGAAAGCUGUUUCGGACUCAGACCGUAUCGAUAUUAAAGGUUCUGCUCCGUUGGCUAUUGGACUUUCGAUAACAGCUGGACAUAUUUGUGCUGUUCCUCUAACCGGUGCCAGUAUGAAUCCCGCUCGCAGCUUCGGACCAGCCGUAGUACAAAACUCAUGGGAUAAUCAUUGGGUUUACUGGAUUGGCCCUAAUAUAGGUGGUAUUUUGGCUGGACUUCUCUAUCGUUUCUGCUUUAAACAAAGCAGUCCAGAAUAAAAGAUCGACAUUACUUAAGGAAACGAAAAAACCACAUUUAACGAAAUGUACAGAUCUAAAUAGUGCUCAAAACUAUUCUCUACCUUUUCUUGUCUUUCUAGCCUAACCUAUAUUCCCGCGUUAUUCACGCCGCUAAAGAUAUAAAAAUUAUUAAGUAAUCUCUAGUUUUUUUGCGAAGAAUAUAAUAAUACGUCACGUUGUAUUAUUAACGAUAUUUUACUAAAUUAAAAUAUAAUUACUUUAAGAAAAUUAAACAUCUAUAUGUA